AUGUCAGUGUGGACUCAUUGCGCAAUGAUACGAAGCGCACCUGGACAGAAUUCUCUCUUAAACGUUGUCUGGCUCAGGCAACUGGUACUUGGUCGUAUUCCCCUCCUGUCUCUCGGGGUAGAAGAGCAGUUACCUCGUCUGAUAGAACAUGAGGAGCAAGCGAUGCUCGCUUGCUCGUCAGGAUGGUGUCAACAGGAUCUCAAGGCUAUCAUUCACCAUACGAUCGUGACAUCGACACAAGGGCAAUGUUUACCUUAUUACGCUGCCGGCAACCUUCUUUUGACUGCUUGGACUGCUGCGUCGCUGCAUGGAUACUGCCUCCUGUCUCAGCUCUUCCUCACCGGCGGUCUUCUGGCACAAUUCUAUCUCGUGUUCAUGAUCCUCAGUUCUGAAGAAGAAACGCCCAUCACGCGUAGCAACUGUAUGACGCAUCUGGUUUUGAAAGUCAAUGCUGGUCUUAGUAUGCUUUUUCUAUGGAAGGAUUGGGCUAUGCUAGAUAAGAUGAUCUAUCCUUCUCCAGCGGAGCUUGUCAACACAGGCGUGAUCUUCUUACUCAUGACGAUCGCAUCAGGACCAGACCCCACCCUCGGCAUAUGCCUUAUUUACGACCUUGCAGCUCUUAUUUUUGGCCAGACCAACAAUGCUGAAUGGCUCCACACGUUCCGAUGGAUAAUGGUCGCUGUCAGCAGCUGUCUGCUGGCCGAGCUCGCGUUGUCGAAGAGACGAGAUUUCUCAUGGUUGAGGCUCGACGAUAAGCCGUUUGUGUCGGUGGAGGACGGAGAGACACUUCAUACCCACGACUCAAUCGUUGGCGACUUGACUGUGGGAGAGCCGGAAAUUAGCAAGUUCAUUCUCGCCUCUAGAAUCUCGAACGAGGCGUCGAAUCCAGCGAUCUACGAAGAGGAUUGCUAA